GAGUGUCCAGGAAAGGGUCGUAAUGUUGGUGUCCGGGUGCAUUAUGAAGCUGUGUAAAGCACUUCUCAAAUCGGGGUUAUUGAUAUCUAUAUAUCUGAUAUUGGAAAACCGUCUUUUGAAUGCUGGAACCGGCAAAAUAAAGAGUUAUGACCCUUGAAGAUACGAAAAUGUGCAGGGCCCUGUAGGGGAUAUGUAUUUGCUUUCUUCUUAAAAUGCAGCAGAAUUCACGCAAGUGCCUUUUUCUCGGCUGUAUGAGUAUGGAAGGUUUUACCAAAUGCCCACUGGUUCUUAUUGGUGUACUCUGUCUACAGUUAGGCCCAGUGUUUACGUACUAUGAAAAAACUUGUACUUUGGAAACCAGAAGAGAAGGACCUGCGAACCACGGAGUCUGUGGCUCGCGCCUUUCAGAAGUACUCAGUAUGGUAUGUCAGCACUCUGGAGGUUUCAGGGAGAAGUGGUUCAGGAAGCGAGAUACAGAUUACAGUGGAGCUAGUCGCAUACAGGAUAUAACGGUUAAAAAGAAAGGUGCUUUAUCCUACCUGACCAAACGUGGGACGGGUUACGGCGAACAGGGCCUAACGUGUGAGUGCUGUUAUAACCAGUGCAGUUACAGAGAACUAAGGCAAUACUGUAAGGAAACGCCCAGAAGAGGCUUUGACUUGCUUAGAAAAAGGUCCAUUGUGCCCAGUGGAGACGUUUUUCGAAAAAGAGCCAUUUUACCCGAAGGAGAAUAGUCUCUGAGUUUGUCUAAGAGGGAUAAUUCUCUAUUUGUCAUUACCAUCUUUGCUUAGUGUGGUCUUCAAUCCAUGUGUGUCUAAGCUAUGCAGAAGUUGAAUUUACAGAACUGGAACCCACUGCAAAAUUAACAACAACGUCUUAGGAUUUAUAUAAGGGAAGUGGAGAAUCGAAAGUGAAAGUGCGUGUAUUCGAAGUCGUGUUUUGCCAAGUUAAUGUGCUCCGAUCAGAACACAGUACUUUUUUUUUGUUGACUGUAAGGUAAUUGCACAGAUUUGUUUCGCAUUUUAAAUUUUGGAGUAUUGUUAGUUUUUUUGUUUUGUUUUUCACAUGCUGUGGCUUUCUUAUUUUGUUCUUCUUUGAUGUAGAAUUACAAACGAUGCCUACAAGUCCAAAUUAAAAAAUAAAAAAGCAUUGGCAGAAACACAUAGAAAGAUCCUGAGUUAUUAAUACACCACGUGUGCAUGCGCACAGACACACGCAGGCACUCAUCCUACAAUUAAAAAGAAAAAAAUCCGAACAUAGUGACGCGUAGGGUUUUGUUCUUAAUUUCCCGUCUUUCUGUCAUGGUCUGUUUUGUUAAUGACAUAAGCUAUCCGGCUUCUGUUUGUGACCAGUCAUCGGAAAGGACAGCCAAUUCACGCCAUUCGUUCAUUUGCCAACAGACGACAUUUCGUUUGACUGUUUUGCCGCGGAGUAUCGCGUCCUGAAAUACUAUUAUAUUGUGUAAAUGAUUACGAACAUAUGUUUACAAUUGUUUGCCCUGGUUUUGUUUCACUUUAAGUAUAAUUGUGACGCUAGCGGUUUUGUGAAUAAAGAAAAAAAAAAUACAGAAUUAUAUUUUAUUGGCAAAUAAAGCAAUCAGUUGAUGUA